AUGCUGGUAGGGCCUGACAUGGGCAACAGAAUGAUUUAUUUCUCUACUGCUAUUAGUGAAGAUGGCAUGCUGGAGUUGAACAUAUCACUAUCCCUCUAUAAAAUUCCUACCAGUAAUUCGGACAUCUUCGCCAAUUUAAAUAUACAUAAUGGAGAUUGGGAACGGUGUAAUGAUAUGCCGCGUUUGCCGGAGCUGUUAAGUGAGAAUGAGGUAGGAUUUUUACCACCUUCUGAUUUUGCUCCUGUACCUUGCCAAGUUCUCUUUUAUCAUUUCCAAGAAUCAGAUGCCAUUAUAUAUCGUGAUCUGUUUGUUGUCUACAGAAAUAGAGCAAUUAAGCGUGGAUAUAUGCCUAGUUUUCCCUCGAUAUUGAUGGUUUUCCUUGACCCACCAUAUGAAAUAUUUAUCAUGAAUGUUGAUGACAAUGGUAACAUUCUACAAGAUAGGAAGGAAGAAUAUAACGAAGUUUAUCAUGAACAUGAUGUUACGUGGGCAGAGAGACAUUGUUAUCAAAAAUAUUUUGUCUGUAAGGUUAAUCAGAUGAUAGAGGGAUCCAAUAGUUAUUUCACUUUGUCCUAUUUACAAGAUCAUUUGGAAAGGAACCCAGUGUUUCAUAGAAAGGGUAAGACUGGGUAUAAAAUUACGACACCAUUUCCCGAGUUUACAUAA